AGCUGUGCAGGAUCCUACUCCAGCUCAGUGUUGUCCAACUUCGUGGCAGCCUUGAAAGCCUGGCACCUCCUGCAUGGCAGAGAAUGGAGAAUCAACCCCCAAGAGUUAAAAUCCACAUUAAAUGGAGCAGCAAUGUGCGCACCUGAGCGAAGAAUUUGUUUACUGAUCCUCACCCCAGUUUGCAAAAUUUUGCAGCAGGUCUCAUUCGCGAAUGUUUAUCAAGUGACCCCGAAGAGUCAGUUCACAUACUUUAUUGAAGUUGGAGGUGGGGGAAAGUAUUAA